AUGAGCACCAAAAUUUCCUGGAGACUUGGGUGUCGGUGGCUCAGUCACAAUUCUGUUUCUGUUCAGAGUAGUUCCAGUCAACAGCUAUACGUGAAAGAUCCGAUCAAACUGAUAGCCAUUCCAAUUACCACCCACAGAGUGUUUGUUUACCACAAACACUCGCCCAGUAUUUUGAAUGUGAGGUCCAAAAUGGUCAAAUACGAGACAAAACUCAUCGAUAAGGUUUCUCAGACUUGGAACAAGCUGGAAAAAUCGCCUCGCAAGUUCAAUCGCAAGAUUGUGGCAUCAGUCAGCUCGCUGCUGAACCAGACGCCGUGGACAGAGGACUCGCUCAACACGGUGCCGUCUGAAAACUACAUCAUGAAAAGAGUCAAGGAAAACGACGAAGAAAGGCUGCUGACGUUCGAAGAAUGGUUCAAAAACGCCGACAAACUGAACGCCAGGCCCGUACAUCUGUACUACCCUGAAAGCGUGUGCUCUGAGACCCAACUGCGCGGGCAAUUGCAAGCGUUGUGGACUCAGGGCCUGCAGUACCAUAAAAAACACACGUGGCUGAGCCUGCUGGGCAUCCCGUUAACUCUACCGCUGGUUCUGGUGCCCGUGGUGCCCAACGUUCCCGGUUUCUAUCUCCUUUACCGGGCCUACCGCAAUUUCAAGGCCUACAACGGCGCCAAGCAUUUGAAGUCACUGGUGGAAAACGAAAGCCAUAGCCUGGUGUUCACUGAUCUACUCCAGUACUCAACCAUUCUGCAGAACGACCACGCGGGCGGCUUGGCGGGUAUGAGCAACAGCAGCGAAGGGCCCGAGCGCGUCCUCUUGGACGAAAAGAGUCUCGACAGGAUACUUGACACGCUGGAGAUCCACGAGAUUCGCAGCUCUCUGCUGAAAGCUCUGAAGCAAGAAAAUUUACGACUAGGCACUCAUAAAUAG